CAAGAUACAGGAGCUGUACUACCACGCCUCACACGGACUUUGAAUGAUGCCAACGACGAAGUGCCAAUCCAGCUCAACGCGGAGGUCACAGUCAACGGAGCGCCGGUCAAAAUCGAAAGACCGCACAAACAGAUCCCGGGGGAUACUGCGCGGCUAGUCGCAUCCAUCAAGCCCCUCACUCGCCUCCUGCUCACCGAAAGCGCGUUCCGCAUCCUGGUUUCGGAUAUCCUCACUACGACACGCGAGAUCGUCGCGGAAACCGCGUCCGAAAUCGGGCAGGCCGCGGCCAACGUGGAGGCUGCCGCAUUCAGCAUUGCCCAAGUGGCCACGACUGGAGAAGCGGUAUUCGAGGUGAAAGAAGCGGCAGAGCGUGCUCAGGACGACAUUGCCGCCGUGGGUCUGCAAUCUGCGGAACGAGUCAAGGAGAACAUCAUUGAACGAAUACAACUCUCUGUCAGCCAGAUCCAAAGCCGUCCUGAAUACAAGGAUGCGAUGUCCACGGUGCUGCGGCUGCUGCAGAAAUACUCAGACAAGCUGGGAUCGUUGACAAAAGCAGCGUCUGACGAACAUGUUGCGGUUUCCGCUGAGAUCGAUAUGUCAGAGUCCUUCGCUGAAGCACUGGGAGACCUGAAGAUCCUCCUCGAGCGAUUCGCCUCGCACCACUCCCUAGACCCGUUGCUGCAUUCGUUCAAGGCGGCUAUUACAGAUGUGCUAGCAGCGCCGAACUCUGACUUGCGCGAGUACCUCUCCGUAGUGGGAGUCUGGUUCGAACGGGCACUGAGCGACCCGUCCUUUGCUCGAUCGGCGAAAGCCAAGCGUGGGGCGGAGGAGUUGUACGAUACGGGCAAGCUGCUGCUCGCGGCGCAGGAAAAUGCACGAUGGGCACGGGAUUUCCGGCAGAUGGUCUCGGAGGCACAGGCUUUCUCUGAUGCGCUCCAGACGGACAAGAGCACGCGACAGCUUUUACAGGCCAUCCAGCACACCGUCGCCGCCACCGAAGAUAUGUUCCUUAGCGCUCCUCCGCUGGCUCAUCCCGCGAGUGCUCAAGAACAUCCGGAACUUGCCGAUGCCCGGGUGGAGUACAAGUCAAAGACGCUCGAUGUUGCGGUCGACGCAGUGCUGCUGACACCGUCGUCGACCAGUGCGUCGCUGUCGCCCGACUCCGUGCUCGUGCAAAACUGGAAUGAAUUCAAGUUGGAUAUGACAGUCCCGGACGCUGUGCUUCAGGCCUCCAGUCGGACAAGGGCAAGGGUCGAGGGAGUGCGGUGCUCUGCACACGGAUUCGGCGGCGAGGGAAUUGUGCUGGAUGUGGAUAUCGAGACCAUCGACGAAGAGCGGAGGACGCCGGGAGAACCGCUCUUCAAGGUCCGAGAUGUGACGGUCGACGUUCCAGGGCUGGCGUUCAACAUCCGACAUAGUCGACACUCCAUCCUCAACACCCUGCUCCUCCAACCGCUCUCAGCGCCCGUCGUCCGGCUUGUCCUGCGGUCAGUACUAGAGCAACAAGUACACAGUGCCGUUGAGUGGGCGGAUCGGCUGGUGACUGCGAUGACUGAAGAGGCCGUGCGGAUCGGAGCAAGAAGGAACGAAGACCCCACGAUACAGGACUACUACGCAGCUGCGUUAACCACGGCACCCGCGUUCUUCGAGAGCUCGCCGUCGACGCAGCCCACUGGCACGUCGACGUCGCACACAGACGCUACAUUCAAAGGCAUCAUUCACACGACGAUGACCGUGCCCGAGAACGACGACGAUCCGGUCGAGGAGACGGUGCUCGCAGUGGGCGGAGGAGCGCAGCUGUUUCCCAACAAAGGCGUCCCGGAAUCGGCCGGCCCGUCGGUGCUGGAUACGGUCGUGGACGGAGCCCGCGAGCUCGUGGGGAAGCGAAGGACACCGCUACAGCAGCGGAGGAGCAGGCCUUGCCAUGUGCAGCCAAAUCAGACUGAGAGGUUUAGGCGGAAGCGGGACUGCGGUGACGUCCCCAUGUCUGAACAGGCGUCUGCCGGUCCUCGUGAUGCGCAGGACCGACUUGCAGUUCGGGUCUGGGCAGGCGACGUCGGUGUCCGUCGUGAUCCAGUCGUUCGCGUGUGA